AUGGAACACAACUCCGGCAAUGCGGCCAGACUGCCGCAUCCUGCUGACCUGCAGCCAGGUAAAUACACAGCUGCGUUCAGUGCCCCAUCCGCCUCGAGCUCCUUUAAGCUCGAUGAAGGCUAUUCGGAUGAGACCAAAAGCGAAGCAGAGAAUAACGGAAGACGGGCCUCAAGUGGUGCGACAAUUCCUCCUUGGAUUCUAAGCCAGGCAGAGUCUGACAGGGCUGAUUUUGCAUUCACCCUCCUUACCACGCUGCGCACCUCGACGAUUGCCAAAAUUGUUGACAGACUUACACCGCUCCUCCAUAUGGACCCUGUGCGAAAGCUUCCCCCGGAACUGACCGCGGAGAUAUUUUCGUACCUCGACCCAGGCACGUUGCUUACGGCUUCGCUGGCGUCUCGUGCAUGGCGAGACCGAGUGCAUGAUUCGCUGUUGUGGAGACAGCUAUAUUUACGGGAAGGGUGGAAAUUGAAUGUCGAGGAGAUCCGAACGUUUGAACGACAGCGUGCGGAGGCAAUACAGUCGGCUAGCAGGAAGGCUCGAAUGCGGCGUUCGGAUACGGAUCCAGGGGAGCCUUUGCAUAAGAAACGCGUGCUGCCAAGCUGGGGGGAUUCAAGACGUUCAAGUGCGGUCAAUGCCGAAGGCGAAGCUUCUGCGUCUAGUACAGGCGCCCCACCCGAUGCAGAAGGCGACCAUGAGAUGCGAGAUGUCGGCAACCCUGACAAUUUUGCUCGGAAGGUUUCGACGGAUAGAGAAGUUUCUUCCUCACCCUACCGAGAAUCGUUCUUAUCCCCCGCUAUGCGCCCAGAGGACCCAGCAAGACUAAACUGGGCAUAUUUGUACAGACAACGCCGGAAGUUGGAAGAUAACUGGCUACAUGGCCAGUUCACCAAUUUUCAGCUACCACAUCCGUUAUACCCAUGGGAAGCUCAUCGUGAGUGCAUCUACGCGAUUCAAUUCAGUGGUAAUUGGCUGGUAAGCGGUAGUAGAGACAAAACGAUAAGGGUUUGGAAUUUGGAAACGAGACGACUGAGGUCUCCGCCACUGCUUGGACAUACCAGGUCUGUUCUAUGCUUGCAGUUCGAUGCUAGCGAGGAAGAAGAUAUAAUUAUCUCAGGCAGUAGUGAUCGCAAUGUGAUCAUUUGGCGCUUCUCUACAGGCCAGAAACUUCAGGAACUAACCAACGCACACCUUGAUUCUGUCCUUAGCUUACGAUUUGAUAAAAGGUAUUUGGUGACGUGCUCAAAAGACAAACUUAUUAAAGUGUGGAAUCGUGAUGAGCUUCGUGCAUCAGACGAAAACUACCCCAGAUACUUCAACGGUGUUGGUGUGCGAUAUCCUCCUUAUAUUGUGGACAUAUCAAACAUGCUUCCUGCGGCCUUGGAAGCCCAAAUUGCGAGUCAACAAAUCAAAACCCUCCGCCCAUAUUCGCUUUUGAUGACCCUCGAUGGUCACGGCGCUGCCGUGAAUGCGAUACAAAUUGACGAUAACGAAAUUGUAUCUGCAUCUGGGGACCGACUUAUUAAGAUUUGGGACAUUCGCAGCGGAUCUUGCACAAAGACCUUAGUGGGUCACCAGAAGGGAAUUGCAUGCGUUCAAUUCGACAGCAAUCGAGUAGUGAGUGGCAGCAAUGACUUCACCGUUCGGAUAUAUGACCACGCUUCCGGAGCUGAAGUUGCCUGUCUCCAUGCUCAUGAUGAUCUUGUUCGAACAUUGCAAGCUGGGUUCCGUGAUCCACCUGGUUCCGAGGAAACAUUAAUGCUUGAGGCUAAAGCCGUUGACCAUGAUUAUUGGGAGGCCCGCCGCCGCGGUGACGUUGACCACGAGCUUGAGCACGGUCGUCGACGACGACCUACCCGCAUGCGAAGCGCUGGGUCACGCCGACCACAAGACAUCAUUGCUCUGGGGGCCAAGAUACCUCCUGGCGGUGGUGGAAGUAGAUGGGCCCGUAUCGUUUCCGGCUCUUACGAUGAAACAAUAAUUAUCUGGAAAAGAGAUAAAGAAGGCAAAUGGGUUGUUGGGCAACGUUUACGGCAAACCGACGCUGCCCGUGCUGCGUCAGUCAUUGACGAUUCGAUGGCGGUGGAAUUCCUCAGCCAAAGUUUCGGGGCAAAUUUACCUGGAAUACAUCAGCAGCUUCAAGCUGCUCACAUUACCCAAAUCAAUGCCAAUCAACCCGGACCACAGAACACAGCUACGUCUGCUCCUCCGUCCCAGACGACCCCUAAUCCAUCCGCGCCGCAGCAAAUGACACCACCGUUGCAUCCCUCUCAGAAUGCCUUUCUCCAGCAACAGCAACAGCAGCAGCAAUCGCAGCCUAACGUGCCUACACAAAGUAACCAGACCCCGACCGCGUUUCAACUUCCUCCCAUCCUUGAGAACGCUGGUCAGCUACCACCAAUGCAGACGCAACCAAAUACCCUUCAACCGCAGCCCCCACAGCCCCAGCACCCAGUUCUCCAUCCCCCCAUUGGUCAGCACACUGGCAACCCUGUACAGCCCAAUGCCCAGGCCCCGGCGGCCCACCCACAUCCCCCCACAGCAACGAGGAUAUUUAAACUCCAAUUUGACGCCCGAAAACUCAUUUGCUCUAGUCAAGACCAUAUUAUCGUUGGAUGGGAUUUUGCAAACGGUGACAAACAUUUAGAAGAGGCCUGUCGAUUCUUUUCUGGCCCAUGA